AUGGGGAACCAAUCGAGUGCGUCACUCCAAAAAGGUAGUCUCAAGGAUUUGUUAGGUAAAGACUUCUCAAACCCUUAUGCUGUCAAUCUCACAGUAGACUCUUCUCUAAACUCUUCACACUCUUCAAGCUUGUCAUCCCCACGUGUCAGAGCUGACUCUCCGAAGAGAAAGGAAGUCAAAACAUUGGUGAUGUCAAAGUCUCAAAAAUCAACUCCGCGGACACCAACGAAUUCAACUCUGAAAGACUCCGACAUCGCUAAGAGACGAUUUUCAACACUCAAGAAGUUCAAAUCUUCGUUGAACCUCUCCGAACAGAAAGACCAAAAAGUCGAAACGAAAAGAAACGCUCUUACUCCGCGCGUUGAGGACUUUUUACUCGACGAAUCGGCCAAUAAAACGCCACGAAGAAAAUUGUUACAAAUGGACUUCGCAAGAGAACAACGAAAAAGCGUACAACUCAGUCCGCGGUUCGAUGUUGCACAUAUGCACGUCCGGAAGUCGAUCCGGACGUCUGCGCACCUUUCUUUCAAUUUACAGUUUGACUAUAACAAGGCGCAAAUCGAGAAAGUGACGUCUUUCAUUCAUUCCUUUGGACUUAACAAAUGUCAAUUGAUCUUCGACUCAAAUCAAGACGAGUUGAGUGCGCGAUCGUUCAAUUCCAAAGUCGCGUUGUGUAAGAGUGUCUUCAUUAUUGUGACAACACGAGAGGGCCAUGUGUUGGGGUGUUUCCAAAAUGGGUUCUUACAAGUCCCUAGUGUGUUUCAAUGUCUUCGAUCGAAGCCGGACGACUUUGUGUUGUUUGGUUUUGGCGAGCAUUUUUCGCAAGGCGUGUCAAAGAGGGAUUUGAAGGAUGACACGGGACUGAUUCUCUACCCUAAAAAGGAGAAAUCAAUGGUGUUCACAUGUCAUGGAGCAUUCUGGGUGAUGAGUGACGGGAAAGUGUAUAUCCAACAGAACGUCAGUGACAUUUAUGAUGUCAACAAACAGUGGGAAAAUCCGUUGCUCAAUUUAAAAGUCCAAAAGUUCUUAGUAGCAGAGAGUGUGCUUGCCUUUGAAUUUGUGGAGUAA